GCGUUUUUAUUUUAUUUUGGGAGAUAUUUUUGUUAAAAAAAAAAGAUAUCGAUAGAGUAGAGAGAAGGGUGAAGGAAGGAAGGAAGAGCAAGGAGGGCGCGAAAGGCAACCCAAUCCCCAAUCCAAAUCCAUCCAUCCAACCUAUCAAUGCCACCCAUGGCCGCCGCCGCGCCGGCCUUCCUCUUCCUCUCCCCUCCCGGCAAGCUGCCCGGCAAGCCCAAGCCCAGUCCCAAUCGGAAGCAGCCGUGCGCUUCGUCUUCGUCUUCGUCUUCGUCUUCGUCGUCGCCCUCGCUCGCCGAGCAGCUGGAGCCCCUGUCCCGGACGCUCCUCCACGGCAAGCCCACGCCCACCGAGCACGCGCCGGGCCCCACCUGGGUCAACCCCUCCAAGCCCAAGCCCAGCGUCCUCUCCCUCCGCCGCCACCGCCGCCGCUCCCCUUCCUCCCACCCCUCCUCCGCCCCGCUCCAGCCGCUCCUCCGCGACCUCCGCGCCCUCCCCGACGCCGCCGACCUCGCCCCCACCCUCCACGCAUUCUUCCCGCCCUCCUCCCCGCCCUCCGCCUCCGACGCCCUCCUCCUCCUCAACUACCUCCACCCCUCCUGGCGUAAGUCCCUCUCUCUCCUCGCCUGGCUUCGUGCCCUCCCCGCCUUCCCCCUCGACACCAUCCUCUUCAAUGUCACCCUCAAGUCCCUCCGCGCCGCCCGCCAGUGGCCCCACGCCGAGGGCCUCGCCCUCGACAUGCUCGCCUCCGCCGUCCCUCUCGACAACAUCACCUACUCCACCCUCAUUACCACCGCCCGCCGAUGCCGCCAGUUCGACAAGGCCCUCCACUGGUUCGAGCGCAUGUACACCUCCGAUGGCGUCCUCCCCGACGAGGUCACCUACUCCGCCAUCCUCGACGUCUACGCGCAGCUCCGCAUGAAGGAGGAGGUCCUCGCGCUCUUUGACCGCGCGCGCGGCAGCGGCUGGAAGCCCGACCACGUCGCCUUCGCGGUCCUCGCCAAGAUGUUCGGCGAGGCCGGCGACUACGACGGCAUCCAGUUCGUCUUCAGGGAGAUGCGCGAGGUCGGCAUCAAGCCCAACAUCUUCGUCUACAACGCGCUGCUGGAGGCACUGGGCAAGACCGGCAAGCCCGGCCUCGCGCGCAACCUGUUCGACGAAAUGACAUCCGAGGGCGUCGAGCCCAACGCGCGCACGCUCACGGCGCUGGCCAAGAUCUACGGGAGGGCGCGCUGGGGCCGCGACGCGCUGCAGCUCUGGGAGCAGAUGCGACAGAAGAAGCUGCCCGCCGAUAACAUCCUCUGCAACACGCUGCUCAGCAUGUGCGCCGACGUGGGGCUAGUUGGCGAGGCCGAGCAGCUCUUCAGCGAUAUGAAGGAUCCAGACCAGGGCGACGUGCCGAAGCCGGACAAGUGGAGCUACACGGCCAUGAUCAACAUCUACGGGAGCAGCGGUGACGCUGACCGUGCACUCCAGCUGUUUGCAGAAAUGGUGGAGUGCGGAAUUGAGCCCAACAUCAUGAGCUACACCAUUGUGAUCCAGUGCCUGGGCAAGGCAGGGAGGAUACGAGACGCAGUUGAGGUUCUAGAGACCGGGAUGUCCAACGGUCUCGAGCCCGACGACCGGCUCUGCGGGUGCCUGCUCUCUGUGGUCGCGUUGAGCAGUGGGGAGGAGACGGAGAUGGUGCUCGCUUGCCUGGAGAAGGUGAGGAGUGAUCUGGUGAAGCUCAUCAGAAUGCUUGGGGAUGCCGGGGUGGGAGCCGACGACCUGACAGUGAAGCUGAAGGGCAUACUGAAUGCCGUGGCCCCUGAGGUGCGGCGACCAUACUGCAAUUGCCUGAUCGACAUAUGCCACAACCAUGGGUACCCUUCCGAGAGGGCAGUGGAGCUCUUCCGCCUCGCCCGGCUCUAUGGCUUGUACUCCAAGAUCCACACGAAGAAGGAGGAAGAGUGGUCAUUGGACCUGCGGUCACUGUCCGUGGGCGCGGCCAAGACGGCGUUCGAUGAGUGGAUGAAGACCAUCUCGGAGCACAAGGAGGGUCUGCCACAGACUUUCAGUGUGUACACCGGCUCCAGCACCCACAAAUUCGCGCAGGGGCUGGCCGCUGCCUUCGCCGCCCAUCUUGAGCAGCUGGAGGCGCCGUUCCAUGCCAGCGAGUCCCAGCUGGGCAGCUUCAUCAGCAGCAGGGAUGAUCUGGUCUCCUGGUUGCAGACGAGCAUCUCAUCACCUGCUGUUGCAGAUUGGGAAUUUGGGAGUAGGGAUGACUGGAAGGAUCUUACGUGUCUUCUCCUCUCUCUCUCUCUCUCUCUCUCUCUCUCUAGUUCUUCCUUCCGAUCGACCAAACAACAUCCGCCGGAGAUCGCCGAUCGACAAGACAAGAUGAUACUCGCCGUCCUCUUCUCCAACUCCGACGGCAACAUCCUCAUCGAGCGCUUCCAUGGGGUUCCCGCGGAGGAAAGGCUGCACUGGCGUUCUUUCCUCGUCAAGCUUGGCGCCGAGAAUCUCAAGGGGGCCAAGAACGAGGAGCUGCUCGUUGCCUCUCACAAGUCAGUCUCUAUUGUUUAUACCAUGAUUGGGGAUGUCUGCCUGUACAUUGUUGGCAAGGAUGAAUAUGAUGAGCUUGCUUUGGCUGAGGUGAUAUUUGCAAUCACAUCGGCGGUGAAAGAUGUGUGUGGAAAACCUCCUACCGAGCGGCUUUUCCUUGACAAAUACGGGAGGAUCUGCUUAUGCCUUGAUGAGAUUGUUUGGAAGGGUCUGCUGGAGAACACGGAGAAAGACAGAGUGAGGAGGUUGAUCAGGCUAAAGCCGCCCGUGGAGCCAUGAUUUUGAUCACUUUUUGAUGUGUGUAUCCUUCUCGUCGUGUAACCAGAUUCAGAUCUCUCGCGGUUUAGUGUUGGCAGUCGGUUUUUCUCCGUGGGUUGGAGAAUUCUGUACGUGGAUUUGUGGAUGACUAAAUACAUUGUGCCACUGUUUUGUAUUACUCCAUCUUUUGCAUAUUGCAA